UUUAAGACUCAAACCACUUACUUUCAGAAUUGGGGUAUUGUUACCUGAUGGUUAGAAUACUUAAUUUUGUAUCUUUUCUAGUGAGGACAGAAGCUGGAGACGGGAGCAUCACUAACUCUGUAGCAGGUUUUCAGGUUACAGAUGUGGAAAUUCAGCCAGCUGAAUACUGAGUAGCUUUGGUGACAGUCACAUGCCCCAUGUUCAAGAGUUCUCAAAACAUGCUUCUUGGGAAAUAAAAACUACUCACCAGUAGCACUUCUCUUCAAAUGAGUAAUACUUUGACUUCUCGCUUGAAACUAAAUGCUGGUACUUCUGUUGCUAGUACUUUCUGCCUCUCCAUUUCUUUAUCUUCUAGGAAAGCAAAGCUUAGGGGUUUCACUAUGUCCAGGCUGGCUCUAGGCUGGCUUGUCAAAUUCAGGUGUGGUAUUGUAGGUUGGUUGCCAACAGCCUGGAUUGCUCAACGUUUGCCUCUUUGAUACAGCUGACUGGCCAAAGAGCUCUUAAGUAUGCUGGCUUUAGCAGUGGUUUUUAUCUAGUCUGUGCUUUGAUUGAAGGAGUGAAGUCCUGUUAAUAUCAAGUGGUAGACCAAAAGAAGCACCUGGUAAGUAUAAUGAAGAUAAUUGCCCCUGUUCUACUGAGCUGUUGGAUUCUAAGGAACUGCUAGUAUCCAGAAUUACUGUGAGUAAUCUUAGAGGUGAAGUUCAGCUUACUUUCUACUGUGAGGAGCCCAAGUUAGUUUUACUUUGUUUGGUAAAACAAACUUCUUCCUUGGAGGGCAUCUAGGCUAAAAGCUAUAAAAUAAGGAGCUUUACAAUGGAACUUGGUGGUAGUUCUUUCCAUCAUCAGAUCUAGAUGGGCUACCAAACCAGACUUGGAUAUUGUUGAAUCUUGUGUGUGAAGACUGGAGACUAGUAGCACUUCUCCCGUUUCAAAAGUUUUGAGUGUGUUUUAACUGUAAAGCCACAGAAAGACAUGGUGUUCCACUUUGAAGUUUGAGCCAAGAAACUUCAGAGAUUAUCAUAUCAAUAGAAGAAUUGCAAAGAAACAGAAGUUUGGUGCUGAAGUUGCACUUAAAAGCUUCAAACCUCACGUGGGAAACCACUGUGGUGGCACCUCUCCCUUGGAUCUUUGAGUUGUUCUCAGCCCAUGAUCUCUAGCAGUAGAGCGAUCAUCCAGAACAGAGUCUAAAAUUCAUUCAUAAUAAUGCUUUGCUGAGUAGCUGCAAGGUGAUUUAUUUCAGCUUCAAGACACAGUUAGGGAGCUCUCUAGAAGGAGUUCAGGUGAAUUAUUACCAUCUCUGUAGUAGAAAGGCAAAGUUUGAGGCAGCUAGACUUGUGUUUCUUCACAAGUUUGGGAAUCUAGUCUAUGAGGCAGUGGCUUAGUAGAUCUUGCAGAACUUGAGCUGGCUCAGAAAUGCUAGAUGAGGCCAUAGUUCUAAUUUGCUUUCCACUAUGACUUUUACUGUCCAUGUGAGGCAAAAACCUAGUUUGGGGAUGUAAGGGCGGGGGGGGGGAGAGCAAGCUGCUUUGUAUAACACAUUUGAGCUGCGGAAAACACUGGUAGAUGUGACUGAAUGAAAACAUUCCAACAAGUAGCUUCCUUGCAGAAGGCUUACUUAAAGUGGCCUUGGUAGAUAAAAGGAACUGCUGGAAACUUGCCUGUGAUGACAAAAUGGAGGAGUAUUGACUAACAGAAGAAUUUGAACUGGGGUGGUUUUUACUUUUUUUUUUUUUUCUUUUCCUCUCUUGGAAGUAACUGAAAAAUGUAAUGGUGUUCAAACUGCUGGGAGGCUGUCCAUUUAAGGACUUGUCUUCUGAACCAGCCUUUUCUGGUUAUUGCUUUGUAAAGGUGGCUGUUGGCUUUAUCUGAAAACUAAAUUCUUACACUGUUUUUUAAAACAGUUUACGCCAGUGGGGAAUUUUGUCCUGUGAAAUGCUUCUUAGAAUGUGGGGCAAGUAAAACUAGUGUCAGCUGCAUCUACCUCUAGCUGGUGAAAUCGUAUUCCAUUUCAGAUCCUUUACAGGAAGAAUGCAGAAGUUAAACAUUAAAAUACUGGUGAAGAGAAAUUCCAGCAAACUGUUUGGUACUUUUGUAUACUUAAGGUAUCUGAAGAUGGAGCAGCGUGCUUUGUAAUCAUACUUCUAUGGCAGCUGUAACCUUCCAAUAUUUCUUGAGUUCAGGGGGAAAAGGGGUCUCUGAAGAUAAAGGUUUUUAAUUUCUCAAAUAGUCUUGAAGGAUAGUUGUGCGGAGACUGUUGUUUCACUUUAGAUUUCUUACCCAGUUUGCAUAAUCUUUCUUUGCCAAUUUGCUAUAUACUAGAGGAAAAGAAACUUCAGGUUUUACUCUUUGAAGGAGCAGUUAAAAAGGAAGCAACUUUGACUUAGCUGUAAAACUUCUCUUUCCAGAUUGCUUUGGGGCAGUGAGUAGCCAGCUUUUGUCCAUCAUGCAGGCCCUGAGUGGCAGGUUGGCAAAGUAAGAUACAUGCUGACGGGUUAAUCUUAGUAGAAAAGCUUUUCCACUGUGUUAUCUAAAGCAGGUCUAGCUAACCUACUAAACAAUUGUCUUUUACCAUAUGUUAACCUAACUGGUUAUGUUAGGUUCUUCGUGUGGGUAACUGCCGGCAGUAUUCAAUCCUGUCACUGCAUGUGGUAGUCUCGAGUUCAUGGUUUGGAAUGAAAGUCUGGUAGUUGUUAGUAUCUGUAAAGACGUACUGCAAUUCUGUUACAGCUGUUGGCCUGCUAUCCUGCUCUUUUUAACAGCUCUUAUGUUCUAUAAUGUUGUAAUGUGAAGACUUUUUUUAAGAGUAGCACGUUGAGUGAAGAAUAUAUCUUGGUGUAUAACUGGGAGACCCCAUCUUGUCCCUCUUGAAAUUAAAAGCAGUGUCAACUAUUGUGCCUGAGCCCAAGCUCCCGCAGUUGGCUUUGCUUGUGUUUUUCCUGUUCUGCAAUGUCAACAUGGUUGCUAUGAAAACAGGCAUAAACAAUAGCACACUGAGUGCCAGCUGCUGCCACUAUAGUAGAUGGGACUUCAUCCUCAGGUGUGCUAAUAAGAUAGUUAAAGAUCUUCAGUGCUGCGAUGAAUCGGAGAAGGCUGGGUUACACGUAAAAUCCAAGUAUCUCAAGUGCACAGACAACCAGUUGUUUUAUUUUUGUUAACAUCUGUUUAAGAUAUUCUUGCAUCCUUUCAUUGCAGAACUUCAUUUUAAGAGCAAAUACCAUCAUCUGGGCCAGCUGGAAGGUAGAUGUGGGAUUACAGAAGUGGCAUACUAAAGCUUGUGUCUCUUGUACUUUGAAUCCUCAGGCUUCUGCUGUGGUUGGGAAGAUGGGUGGUCACUUAAAUGCUGAAAAUUAUUGGAGAGAGGAACUGUUUUGAGAGAGGAGUGGCUGAAAAGACAGUAAAUUUGUUCAACAUUGGAGUACUUUAAAAACAACUCCAAACAAAAAUUCGUGUUUAGAUAUAUGCUCUCUGCUUAAGAGCUAAAUGUCAGGGUGCUAAUUCUGGUUCCUUCUUGAGGUCAUGUGUUGUUCUUACUGCUUCUGUAGUGGCUUUCUCCAAGAUACAACUCGUGAACCUUCCUGGUAAUCUGGAAUGCUGGAUGGUUUGGUGGGGAGGGAAGCAGUUUGUAACAUGAAGAAAUUGUAGGGUUACAGGAGGGUUAUCUUGAAGGGGGGGGGUCAGGUAAAAUGACGAAACAUACCAGAUAAUGGUACUUCUGUUGGAUUAAGAAUAAUGAAUUGAGAGAGAGCAUGUGAAUUAUUUGAGCUUAAGGAGACUUCAUCAAAACAAAGCUUGUUGUGUAUUUUUAAAUACUGUACUUAAAACUUUUCUUCAAGCACACUUUAAAAAAAGACUCCCAAUUUAAAUGUUGAACUUCCUUGUUCUCUUAUACCUAGUUCUGGAAGUCCUCCAUAACUAUUCUACAGCUUAGGGGAGUUAUGGUACUGUGACCGCAGUCUAUAACCUACCCCAGCUGAACCACUGAGUCAGUGCCUGUGGCAGACUGACUUUCCUGCUCGAUGCAAUGUUCCCCAAUACGGGCAAAAGAAGUGGUUUAUAGUGUCUCUGACAGGCGUGCCUCUCUGUUUCCCUAGCAUUCUAAAGAUGUUUUCCAAGUUACUCUUCUAGAUAUCUGGCAAGUGUCUGCUGUCUUUUAGGGAAGCCAAAUGUCUUAAACAUUUCCCUUCACGUAAGCCUGGGCGUGAAUGAGCUAUAGGGUAAUAUAUUGAAGUUGUAAUUCUUGUUUCUCAGAGUUUAACUGCUGCUUAGGUCAUAAAAGAACUUAAGUCUUCAAAUGUUAAGCUAAUAUGCUCUUUGAGGCUUUAGGUUUAAUACAGCCUAUUUGUACAAUCAGCUUCCAGAAUGAAGCUUGAUUAGUCAAUGAAUGUAGUAGCUGCCAGCCAGACUUCUCAAGAGAAAGUAAAACAACUACCAGGAAGAAAUAAUUUGUAGAGACAGGUAGCUGGCUUUUGAGUUUAACUCUGAGGAAUAAGAAAGAAGGUGCUUUAUUGAAAGGGAGAACAACAGUAGGGCUGGUAAGAUAAUAGUUAAAGGGGUGUACUACUUUUUUCCCCACUCCAAAGCAUUUUGUAAAUUUUUGAAGCAAAGACUGGCUUCAAAAACUAAUUAGAGGAAAAGAUACAUAGUACGCUAUUUCUUUGGCUGUUCAAAGCUGCCUUACUCCAAGCAAAGCAGAGCCAAACUUUUAAUUCGUACAGUCAUUGUAACAGUCACAAUCAGAUGUUGUACAAAAAAGUACUGAGUUAGCCAGGAGUCCUGCUUGGUUUUCAUUGCCUUUUCCAGGAGGGUGGGAAAUCGCUAAAUCUCUUAUUUUAAGGUAGCCUUUGCUUUGUCUUCUAACAAUGUCUUUCUUCCUCAGGCGGGUAAUCUGCAGCCAUGAGCAGCAACGAAUGCUUCAAGUGUGGACGUACUGGCCACUGGGCUCGGGAGUGCCCUACUGGCAUUGGCCGUGGUCGUGGGAUGAGAAGCCGUGGCAGAGCAGGCUUCCAGUUCAUGUCUUCAUCUCUCCCGGACAUCUGUUACCGCUGUGGUGAGUCUGGCCAUCUUGCCAAGGACUGUGAUCUUCAGGAGGAUGAAGCCUGCUAUAACUGCGGUAGAGGUGGCCAUAUUGCGAAGGACUGCAAGGAGCCGAAGAGGGAGAGAGAGCAGUGCUGCUACAACUGCGGCAAACCCGGCCAUCUGGCUCGUGACUGUGACCAUGCAGAUGAGCAGAAGUGCUAUUCUUGUGGAGAGUUUGGACACAUUCAAAAAGACUGCACCAAAGUGAAAUGCUAUAGGUGUGGUGAAACUGGCCACGUAGCCAUCAACUGCAGCAAGACCAGUGAAGUCAACUGCUAUCGCUGCGGCGAGUCAGGGCACCUUGCACGGGAAUGCACAAUUGAAGCUACAGCCUAAUUAUUUUCCUUUUGUCGCCCCUCCUUUUUCUGAUUGAUGGUUGUAUUAUUUUUCUCUGAAUCCUCUUCACUGGCCAAAGGUUGGCAGACAGAGGCUACUCCCAGGCCAGUGAGCUUUACUUGCCGUGUAAAAGGAGGAAAGGGGUGGAAAAAUCAACUUUCUGCAUUUAACUACAAAAAUGUUUAUGUUUAGUUUGGUAGAGGUGUUAUGUAUAAUGCUUUGUUAAAGAACCCCCUUUCCGUGCCACUGGUGAAUAGGGAUUGAUGAGUGGGAAGAGUUGAGUCAGACCAGCAAACCCUCUCUGGGUUACAUGGAAGUGAUCCUAUGCAGGAGGAAAGAAAUUCUGGAAGUGUCUAAACUUCCUCAUAACUUUAAUUUUAUUGCAAUGGCCUUGGAUUGUCUGACCUCAGUAGCUGUUAACACCAAGUAAUAUCUGUAUCAGGCCCUACCUAGAGCAUAUAGCUGAGUGGGAGUAAACAAACAAGAUGCACAUGCCUGUUAAUGGCCAUGAGAGAGAGAGAGAGAAAUCAGGAAUAAACUUUAAAGUAACAGUAAUUCAGUCAAUGGAUGUUCACGUUGGAGAUACAGAACGUAAUGGGAAGCUUUUGAAUAAAUAACUUCAAAGUAAAUCUGAAACCCCGACAUCAGUGCUCAUAGCAUAUACAAUUUGGAGCUAUUCAGGAGUUGCAAAUAAAUGCAUUUUCACAGAAAUCAAGAUGUUAUUUUUGUAUACUAUAUCACUUAAAUGACUGAGUUUCAUUUGCUUGUAAUCAGUUUUUAAAGUAAGAUGGUAAAAGCAAUUGAAGUCCUAGAACAUAGAAAAUGUAAUUUUAAACUAUCAAUAAAGCUGGAGGAGGAAGGGGAGUUUGGCUAAAGUUCCUUUUGUUUAUUUUUGGUUUUCAUGUACACAGUGCAAAAUAACAUAUUAAAAAGGGGUAUGUGGAGGUGUAAAAAGUUUAGUUUGGACUUUUCUUUGUACUGUCUUCUGUUAAGUUUCCAUCCGGUAGCAUCAAACUAAAUGUGAAUCAUGCAGUCCUCCUUCCGCACUGCUGCCUAUCUGCCUAUGUCUAUGUGGAUAGAUUUGCGCAGUCUCAGUGUGGGCUUGUUCUAUAUGUGCUGAUGGAGUGAAAGCCUUUCUUUAAAAGUCGUUGAAGAAGGCACAGAAGUUGUUGAAGGUACAGUGGCCUGUUAGCAGUAUUUCAGCCUUCGCAGCUGUCAUUAUGCAAAGAACACCCUCCAGUGUUACAGGCGCUUCCCAUUCCUGCAUGAUGUUCCACCAUGUUACUUGACUAAGGGUUAGUGAACAGUUAGAAAGUUGCACAGAUAAAAAGGGAGCUGCUGCAGUAUGUAUCUCGAGCACAUCCGCUUGCUAAGAGAAUAAAGUCUACCUGAUGUGUCUGAAAAUCAAGGGCUGGAGCUUGUGUCUGAUGUGCCAUCUACAGUGAAGCACUUGUCUGGUGUGCAGGGCAACCCUGAGCAGCCUCAGCGGGAGAGCCUGUGAGCUGCUGCCUAGCUGUGUUGCAGUCAGAGGUAGCGUACCGUAGGCAGCUGUGUUUGCAUCUUCACAUGCAAAUAAGAGCCUUCCCUUUCAAGUCCCAAAGUGUUUUUCAUAGGCUGUGUAUGCCAUAGCAGUGAAAAAAAACACCUGUGAUCUUGGGAUGAUUGUGUCGGAUCUCUCUCUAGAGAGACAAGUACCAGACCGACCAUCUACAGCCAUGCUGGAGUAAAACUAAAUGGGCACUGUUACUUGUCUUCUGGAUUGGUGUUACAAUUAACCAGUUCAGUACGAUGUUGAUGUUUUCAGUUCUUUAGGAAGCAAGGCUGUUAAAUGUGACCCAGUCAUGCAGGUUGUGCUCUUUAAGAAGCAACUUAAGCCUGAGGCUUUUGUCAGGUGAUAGCAUGUAGAUGCAGCUUGGAGAAGAGCAGUAAGAAUUCCUCAGCUGGUGAUGGAGGAUCCCCACGAGGAGGUGUUACCUGGUGGUGUUUGAAAAUGUAAAAGCAGGCAUGUUAGCUGAUAAUCUUUGAGUUGUUGCAGGAAAUCUGCUGUCUAAUAUGUGUCUCCAAGAACACUGUGAUAGUCGUAGCUGCUGUGUCACGUCAGGUGAACUCUGAUCAGAUUGUUGCUGUUUUGCAGUGGGCUGCCAUAGCAAUUUGGAGUUCCUUAACACUUAAUGAAAUAAAGAUUUAUAAAGAACUAAAGCUUUCAGCCUGGGUUUGAUGUUCAAAGCCAUAGUUAAGGGAGAAGAUGGUUCUUGGUGAGGCUACUGAGUAUGAGGUGGCUAGAGCCCGGACCACUUAGCUGGCAGCAGCCAACCUGAGUAGGCUUUUGAUGGCUGUGCUGGUACUUCUGCAGAGACAGAAGGAAACAGGCUGCGGGAAGAAAGGUCUUUAUUUGAAGCACUUGAAGAGGGAAUCUUCUUGUACUGCUUUGCCUAAGCAGAAUGAGAAACCCCAAGUGUUUGCUUUUGCCUGUAGAAGGCAGGUUCUACAGAGUGUAACACCAAAAUGAGGUGGCGACUGCUACUGCAGCUGGUCGUGAUUCUGUGGCCAGAUGCCUCUGUCCAGCCCAUCUGCUGGAGAGCAAAGCCUUUUGGCUCCUGUGGAGCUCAGGGGUGGGGAAGAGGCUCUUGCCUGAGUUGCGUGGGGGUUUUGAGUGAUGCCUCUCUGUGUGGGUGGUGGGGUUUUUUUCCCUUUUUUUAAAUGGCUGCUGUUGGAGGAUGAAGGUACUCUUGAACAUGGUUGCCAAAACCCUUGUAAAAUCCAUGAGUGAGUUGAGUGGGUUCUCAGGGUAGUGCGGACAGCCUCAUCGUAGCAUGUUCUUGCUCGGCCUCGUGGCAGGUUGGCAUGGAUUAACUGAAUCUUUACAUACAAUGAUCUUAGUUAAAUGGUAAUAGAGCUUGAAGCUCUGUGAUUACAAAGACCUGAAAGUCUCUGGGGCUUAACCUGGAGCUAAAAAAAAAUGCUGUGUCAGAAACCUGCAGUGCUGGUGAUGUCUGCAUGACUUUGCCAUUCCUGUAGAACUUGGUGAUAGAACUUGGUGAUAAAACUUGGUUAUGAAGAUACUGGAGCUCCUGCUGCUUAGUACUCUGGUGCUUAACCGCUUUACUAUCGCUGAAUAGUUCUUGUGUGUCUGAAAAGUGGUAUUGUUCUCUGAUAAUGGUUUGGGGUUUGUUUUUUUUUUUAACAAAACAGGAUUUGAAAGCUGAGUAAUGCAAACCAGGAUGUAACUUCAAAAAGGGAAAAAAUUAUUCCCACUGAGGUACCCCUUCGUAGCCAUCUGUCUGUAGAGAUCACUUUAGAGUAUCGAUGCUGCUACUUCCAGGCAUCAGUUGUUCCAGAGUUAAUGAGAGGAAUGAGCAAUUACUGAUGGCAGAAAUUGUGGGGACUUGAAAAAAUCAAACCUAGUAUUUCAUUUGUUCCAUGUUAAUCCUUUCCACUAACAUGGAAGCAUCUCCUCACUUGUUUUGAAGACCAGUCCCCUGACAAGCUGCAGUGUAGUGGUGGUCAUGGAUCUGGUGGAUUAUCUGGAUCAGGAAAGCAAGGAGAUAAAUGGUGCUGCAGUACCACUAAAGGGGGUCAACGUUGGAGGUCUUUAUCAGUAAUGCCUGGAUGUCCCUUCAAGUCCGGGGGGAGCAGAGAUGCUGGAAGGGAGUGCUGUGCAGAGACUCUCGGCGUUGGGAGAAAUACUUCACAGGCGGGAAAGCAGUUGCUGUUUUAUUCAAGACCAACAAAAACUGUUGGGCAAUACAAAAUUCUGUAGCUGGGAAUUUAAAACCCUGCGCAUCACGGACUUGGAUUAGGAGUCUGGCAAAGGCUGUGAGGUGGCGAGCUACCUCCGGGGCUGCGUCAGCGCAGACGUCGUUCUGACGGAGAUCUGAAGCAGGGGGAGCCUCGUGCUGCUUCCUCUAAGCCACGUACUCCCUAUAAAUGCGUUCACGCCGGCGGGAGAG